AUGAUUGCCUUCCUGUCCGGCUUGCUCCUUGCUACUGUUGCUCUCGCCGCUCCUGCUAAGCGACAGAGCAGCGCAGACGCGUAUGGCUUCAUCUACUUUACCGGCGAGUCUCACGCGAACGGCGAACAAAUUUACUUCGCUGUCUCCGACGGCAACACCCCCGGCGCCUGGAAGACCGUCAAUAACGCCUCCCCGGUGCUGACCUCCACCCUCGGCGACAAGGGUGUACGCGACCCUUUCAUCAUUCGCCAUCCCGAAACGGGCACCUUCUACGUUGUCGCGACUGACUUGAAGAUGUACGGCAGCGGCCGGUCGUGGGAUCAGGCGUCGCGCACGGGCAGUUUGUCGCUCGCGAUCUGGGAGUCCGAUGACCUGGUGAACUGGUCCGAGGAGCGGUUGGUGAAGGUGUCGCCGCCGGAGGCCGGCAUGACCUGGGCACCCGAAGCCCGCUGGGACGCGGAAGAGGGCGUGUUCAACGUCUACUGGGCGAGCGCGCUCUACAAUGCCGACGACACGAACCACACGGGCUCGUCCUACUCGCGCCAAAUGAUUGCCAACACGACCGACUUCAACACGUUCACCGAGCCCCAGGUCUGGCUCGACUACGGCUCAAGCACCAUCGACACGACCGCCAUCUUCGAUGACGCAUCUGGCUACUGGCACCGCUUCACAAAGUUCUCCGCCUACGGGCCCUCCAACUUCACCGGCGUCGUCCAAACCCGCGCCCGCCCCGCCGACUUCUUCGCCAACGACUGGGAGCUCGUCUUCCAGGGCAUCGGCGACGCCGAGUUCGGCCAGGUCGAGGGCCCGCUGGUCUUCAAGGACAACGUCGAGGCGAACACGUACCAUGUGUGGGUGGAUAAGAUCAGCCCGCAGGGGUACGAGCCGUUCAGUACGAACGAUAUCUCGUCCGGGACGUGGACGUACGACGCUGACUACGUUUUACCUGAUGACCCCCGCCAUGGGACGGUAUUCGCGAUCUCCGCGAGCGAGGCCGAGGCGCUCUCUUCGAUUGGCGCGUAA